CACGACCACGAAAUUGCAGCAUUGAAGAACGCUCUUCCAGGCGAGGGGGACCCUAACGCGGCAGGUGUUGCUCAGAGCAGCGACAAGAUGCUGUCCGUUCAGAAGAACGACGAGAACAGGAGCCUGAAGACCAAUCGGCUCUUCCCGACACCGAACAAGCCAGACCCAAUGCCACAGAACUUGGCAUUCCUCUUCACCAAGAUCACGCCGGAGCAGAUGAUCUACAUGUGGAAUGUCCUUACGGCAAUUUUCUGCACUCAAGUGCUGAUGGUGAUCGGCUACUGUGCAGCCUUGGCUACCUUCCCGGACUACUGGUGGACCUGCACGCUCUGCUUCGGCCUCCCGUUCUCGUACAUCGCCAUCCAGAACAUUUACAUCGAUCACGAUGUGAUGCAUGGCGCCACUUUCCCAGUCUACGAGUGGCAGCGCUUCUUGACGCAUCCAUUUGCCGACUUUGUCUCCCUUCCGUGGGAGGAAUUCGUGCUNNCCCUCCAGCAGUGGGCCGGGCCAUGGGGCUCUAACUGGUACAAGUACCUGCUCACCGUCCCAUUCAUCCCUGUGAUCCAUUUCUUUGGCCUGAACGAUACCGGCUCUCUGUUUGCCUUGGAGUGGUGGAUGCACUUCCCCGACGAGGGUGCCGGUGGCAAGUGCAACAAGGAGUUCUGGAGCAAGUGGAUUCCCCGCCGAAUCAAGCACAAUGCCUUCGUGCUCUCGCUCUGGGCCUGCGUUUGGCUGCUUGGUACCUACCCUCUGGGACGUCCGCUGAGCGAGGGGUGGCGGUUCAUGUUCACCGUGUCCUUCUUCGCUCGCAUCGGCUACAGCGCGGCAUGGAUGUUCAUUACCAACUUCACUCAUAGCUUGCCUUGGAACGAGUUCUUGGCACAGGAUCCGGGCCGCACAUGGCCUGUUCUGCACAACGUGAUGGCCAUGGUUCUGGGAGGAAAGCACCGCUGGAACGAGAUGCUAUUCCACGACGUCCAUCACGCUUUUCCAAACGCUGUCGGCACGCUCAGCCAGCGCGGCCGCUUCCACGGCUGGGAGAAGGUUCAUGAUGCAGCGGCAGAAGUCCUGCACCGAGGGCUCUGGAAGCCCAACGGCGAUGAGGAGACGCAGAUGCAGAAGACUCAGAAGAAGCGAUCCAUGAUGAUGCAGCAGGGCAAGUGCGAGGUCAGUGGGGAGGCCCAACGCCCGCAACUUCUCGGUUGCGUGCGGUUGGGCUACAGUGGAGGAGGAACCGGAGGCAGCAGCAGCCGGCAUGCGCUGAAGGCCAAGCCAUCACUCACUGGCAACCAGGACAGCUCCUCCCCGGCCCUGUCUCCUUCGAGCCAGGCCCUUGGAGUUGGUGUUACUGGCCAGUCUGGAAGGUCGAUCCCCGUCAUGCCCAGCGCAGGUCCACAGUAUCGAGAUGCAGAAAUGCAGAGCGAGAAGCGGUCCACGGAUUUCGGCCGAAUAGUUGGAUCCCCGAAGGGAGGUGCUCGAGUGGCAUCCUUCGUGCGACUCAACGGCUUCCUCCUCAGGACUCACAUUACAAGCCUCCUCUCUGCGUUGGCAGAAGAUGGAUGGCUGGAGGCCUGGGAGAAGGAGCGACUUUGCAGUUCGGCACGGGAUGCCGAAUCGCGCUGGGCACAAAGCUUCCUCCAGAUCUACAUGCGCUUCGUUGAGACGGACGAUGUCGCCACGUUUGUGGCAGGCCUGAAGGCUCAGGAGCGCCGAGUCAUGACUCGCUGCAGAUCAGCCCGUGGCGGCGGUGCCUUGGCUGAUGUGGUGGGUCUGCGCUGCGUGCUACUACUUCUGCCCUUGCUAUUUACGAGGUCGCUGGCAGGCUUCCCAGCAUCAAAGAACUCCAUCAAGUUGGCUGCAUCCACUGGUACGCUUAGCCCACAGAAUCUUGCUGAACCAGCAGAGGUGGAUCUCUUGGAGGAUGCCGACUCCCCGAAAGAAGUGCCAUUUGCCCUGCCAAGAGUGCAGGCCGCGGCUUCUCUGUUGCAGUCUCCGCUGGUU